GGGUUAAGUCAUAGGCCUGGUAGCCAGGUCAACAAGAAGUGCUCGAUGGCGUUGUAAGAAAAAAAUAUUGAUUUUAAAACCCAGUUUUCUUCGUACAAACCCUUACAACACUGUAAAAAAUGGCAUCAGAGGCUGUAGAAGGAACCAUUAUACCGAACUUGGCUCUAAGUGUUGUGAUACGACCCGUUAUUGACGAGAUGUUGGCGGAAUACCAAGAUGCCGAAGCAAUACAGAAAAUCAGGAAAGCUUUUCAAAAGGCAGAAAUGGAAAACCCUGGAAUAACACAGGAAAUAGUCAGUGGUAUCUUGACAAAAGAGUCUCUGAAAGUGAAUAUGAAUGAAACCCUUCUUAGCUGUGCAGCAUAUGAAUCAGAUGAAUACAUGACGACAAGACAGGAAAAAGAGUUCGUAAAAUUGACCAAACAAGCAAAAGCAUUGAAGACAAUUUUGUCAAAGAUACCAGCAGAAAUCUAUGAUAGAUCUAAAUUUCUGCAAACAAUCAAGGAUAUUGCUAGUGCUAUUAAAGAUCUUCUUGAUGCUGUCAAUGAAGUGUUGAAGAAUUGUCAAAAUGUCGGCAAGAUGCCACAAUACAAAAAGGUGCUGGAGCACAACAAAAAGGAGUUUGUGAAGUACUCCAAGAGCUUUAGUGACACUCUAAAACAGUACUUUAAGGAUGCAAAGGCUGAUGCUGUGUAUGUUAGUGCAAACCGUCUCAUCAAUCAAACAAACAACAUUCUCUACACAUUUAAGCUGGCUGGAGGAGGGUAGAGUUCUGACUUAGUAGUAACAUUGAUCUCAAGCAUGAUAUCACUGGAGAAUCCACAUGAGCACUUGAAUGUAAAUAAAUACUAGUAAUGUUAUACUCUCAUGGAUUACAUGUAGAUAAGCAUGCCAUGGAAUAUCCCACAAGUCACUUUUGGUGAUUGUGUACAUGUAUAUUAUAAUACUCUCUACAAAAUUACUUGAUUGUGAUUGGACAAGAGGAGUACAAUUAUAUCCCAACUUGUACUCUGUAGAGUCCCAGUGUAAGUUGCUCAAAUUUGUUGAGUGUAUUAUAAACAAAAAAUCGCACAAUUA